AUGUCUCUCCAGCAUCAGCUCAAGUCGGCCGACAAGACUACAAGCUGUGCUGUCAAAGCUGCCUCCCCUGACCUCGCAAAGAUCCUUGAGAAAGAGAAAGCGAACAUGAAUGAGCAAAAGAGCAUCAAGAACAAGCUGGCCAAACUAGAAUCGCAGAUCGAUGCAGUGGAAGAAGCAGGACGACCAAGACUUCUGCAGGAGAUCGCUGACUUGAGCGAGAGUUUGAUCAUCCUCCAACAAACCCACCAAGAGCUUCGCAAGGAGAAGAGAACUGCCAAAAGACAUCAGAAUGCGACUAGAGCAAGAGAUCAGCUUCACAGGCAUGCUCGGAGGAAGCAACCGCUGAGGUGGAGGAGGAGAGAGAAGCAAGAUGCCUCCUGGUUGACUUUCACCACCAGAGAGUCUCAAUUAGACGAUCUAAGAGAUGUCAAGAUUCAUUUCACCCUUUGCCCGCUGGACUUGGGGUGCGAUGUCGAUUCAGAGCUCAGGAACAAGCUAGUGGACAUUGGAAUCAUUCUGACCCCGCAGAUCCAGUCAGCCCCUGAGACGAAGUGA